ACCUUGGACAGCGUCCGGCAAGGCAGACGCACUUCAGCAAGCAGAGGAACUCUCUCUUUAAAAAAACACCAACAUCGCAAGUGCAGAACCAGCUUUCCCUCCUCCGGCUUUGUGGACUCCAUUUCGGACAUAUUCUUCACGGAUAACCCCUCUUUUUCUAGCCGGGCAUAACGAAGCAGCAGAGCCGCCGCCGGACCACCGGGAAGCGGGCUCCCCUCUCGCCCAUCCGCCCGCCCCCUGUUGCAGCUGGAGAGAUGCCCGGGGCAGGAUGUGCUCCAGCCGCAAGAUCCUGUGGAGCCUGCUCCUGCUGUCCGUGGUGGAGGUGGGACUCGGCGUGGCGAGCAUCGUCCUGGGGGCCGUUGGCAUCAGCUGGGUCCGGGGCCACCACAAGCCGCAGCAGGGCGACGCGUCCCCGGUGUGGAGCGGACUCUGUUUUCUGGUCUGUGGGAUGUGCGGAUUGCUGUGUGCUCGCAAGAGGACAGGUCUUAUUAUGAUACUAUUUUCGGCCUGCUGUAUCUGUGGUCUGAUUGGUGGGAUUCUCAACUUCCAGUUUGUCCGGGCGCUGAACAAACGACCAGACUCCAUGCACUCCAUCCAUCUGGCGGCCAUGACUUUGGCCUGCCUGGGGAUCUCCUCCUGCACCUUAUCCACGUGGCUCACCUGUCGUCUGGCGAGCUCGGAGCAGCAGAGGAUGUUCCUUGAGCGGGAACACUCGCUACACCACUCGCAUGAGAUGGCCGAGAAGGAGAUCUUGGACAACUCCAGCAACGGCAUUCCUCAGAUCUCCUACAACGGACACGCCCCAGCAUCACCGUGACUAAGUGCCACCGAGGGGCGUCUUGCACACACCGAAACAAAGACAGUUCACAAAUGUCUUGCUGUAAGACAGCUGGUUCUUUGUUACUAUAUCCUGGGUGCAGAGAGCAAAGCCAGGUCUCUCAGCUUGAAACCUUUUUUUCUCUACCGUCGGAUGGAAAGCAGGACAUUUUGAAAGCAAGAGGGAGGCGUUUGUGCUUCUGAAUGAUUAUGCAAACACAGGUUCAAACCUAGAUGGAUAUCCAAGAAAUACUGAAACCAAAGUCGGGAUGGAGAGCAGCCGUUUGGGGCGUAAUUCGGAUGUCAAACAUCUGCAGUGAAGGAUUGGAUUUUUUCCAAUGAUGCCUCAAUGUAAUUUUUAAUUUCAGUCUCACUUUAUUUAGUCCCUCUGUCUGUCGUUAUGGGUUUAUGGAACGUAUAUCCUGAGAUAUAAACUGUAUGUAUAUCCGAUACUGGAAUGGUUUGGUAUGAAAUACAGUGAUGCGCAAUGUUCUGUAUUGUAUAUCCAUGCUUGUAUAUUAGUAUAGUUGUAUCUAUAGAGAAAAGAUAUUUUUAUAAAUGCUUCUUAUAAAGUGAAUUUAAUUAAACAUAUAUCAAAUCAGAA